AAGUUCGUCCUCUUCCUCUUCUUCUUCCUCCCUCUCUCUCUCUCUCUCUCUCUCUCUCUCUCUCUCUCUCUUUUGAGCUCGUGGAAAUGGUGAAGUUCUCAAAGGAGCUCGAAGCCCAGCUUAUCCCAGAAUGGAAGGACGCCUUCGUCAACUACUGGCAACUCAAGAAGCAUGUCAAGAAGAUCAAGCUCUCGAGGAAGUGGAAGCAACCCCAGCAGGUCGACGGCGACUUCGGCCUGUCCAUCUUCGACCCCAUUCGUUCCGUGGCCAAGAAAGUCGCCGGCAAGUUCUGGAAGUUGGCUAACAGCACUGAUGUUAUCCAGAAGAAGAACACGAGGGACAUGGAGGAUGGAGAGGAAGAAGAGGAGGAGGAUCACGAAGUGUAUGAAAACGAACUUGUCCAGUUGUUUUCUGAAGAAGAUGAGGUGAACGUGUUUUUCGAGAGGCUGAACGAGGAGCUCAACAAGGUGAAUCGGUUCUACAAGUCGAGAGAGAAGGAGUUUCUCGAGAGAGGAGAUGCGCUCAACAAGCAGCUCCAAAUCCUGCUGGACCUCAAACAGAUCCUCGCCAACCGGCGCCGGAAGAAUUCUCCGUCGUUCGGGGCGGCAAGCGGCGGGGCCUCCCCGCGGUCGUCCUCCGCUCGCACUUCUAACUUUUCAGAGACCCCGACAGAGUUACUUGAGACCUCCACGGAGGCCUCCUCGGAGACAGACGACAUGAUCGCCGCGCUCGAGAGGAACGGGGUGAGUUUCGUGGGGGCCACGGCGAGGUCGAAGACGAAGAGCAACGGGAAGCCGAAGGUGACAAUGAGGAUAGACAUCCCGGCCACGACGCCGACCCGGAUGAUCACCGCCGUGACGUCGAUGCUGUGGGAGGACCUGGUGAACAGCCCGAGGAAAGACGGGCCGGCAGAUUUCGUCAUCAGGAAGAAGAUUCAAUAUGCCGAGAAGAUGAUUAGGGGAGCUUUUGUGGAGCUCUACAAAGGCCUCGGUCUACUGAAAACUUACAGCUCCUUGAACAUGAUGGCUUUCACGAAGAUCCUCAAGAAAUUCGACAAGGUGGCAAAGAGACAAGCAUCGACAAGUUAUCUAAAAGAUGUGAAAAAAUCUCAUUUCGUAAGUUCAGACAAGGUGGUGAGGUUGAUGGACGAAGUGGAGUCCAUCUUUACAAAGCACUUCGUCAACAAUGACAGGAAGAAGGCGAUGAAGUUCCUGAAGCCCCAGCAUAACAAAGAUUCUCACAUGAUCACCUUCUUUGUUGGUUUAUUCACCGGUUCAUUUGUGACAUUAUUUACCAUAUACGCAAUUUUGGCGCACAUAGCUGGUAUUUUCAAUUCCAACAAGAACAUGGGUUACAUGGAAACUGUCUACCCUGUCUUCAGUGUCUUCACCUUGUUGAGCUUGCACCUGUUCAUGUACGGGUGCAACCUGUUCUUGUGGAAGAGCACCAGGAUCAACCACAACUUCAUAUUCGAGUUCUCGUCCGGCACUGCCCUCAAGUACCGCGACGCCUUCCUCAUCUGCACCACCUUCAUGACCGUCGUGGUCGGCGCCAUGGUUGUCCACCUCCUCUUGCGGGCCAAUGGCUUCUCGUCAAGCCAGGUCGACGCCAUCCCGGGGGUCCUGCUUCUGAUUUUCUUUGCCGUGCUGGUUUGCCCAAUCGACAUGUUCUACCGCUCAACUCGGUUUUGCUUCAUUCGCAUUUUGCGCAACAUAGUUUUCUCUCCAUUUUAUAAGGUUCUGAUCGUCGACUUCUUUAUGGCUGAUCAACUCACUAGCCAGAUACCGUUGUUGAGGCACGUGGAGUCCACGGCUUGCUACUUCUUGGCCGGAAGUUUCAAGACGCACCAGUACGAAACGUGCAAAUCGGGAAGGCCGUAUAGAGAGCUCGCGUACGUGAUUUCGUUCUUGCCUUAUUAUUGGCGUGCCAUGCAGUGCGCCAGGAGGUGGUUCGACGACUGCAAUGCAAACCAUCUGGCUAACAUGGGGAAGUACGUGUCGGCGAUGGUGGCGGCUGGGGUGAGGAUCACCUAUGCGAGGCAGCCGGACAGCCUGUGGUUCUGUAUAGUCCUGGUGACCUCCCUGAUGGCCACCAUGUAUCAGCUGUACUGGGAUUUUGUCAUGGACUGGGGGUUCCUCAACCCCAAAUCGAAGAACCCGUGGCUGAGAGACGAAUUGGUUCUCAAGCGUAAGAGCAUCUAUUACAUCUCCAUUGCCUUGAAUGUAGUUUUGAGGGUUGCAUGGGUGGAGACGGUGAUGAGGUUUCAAGUCGGAGUGCUGGAGUCGAGGUUGCUGGAAUUCUUCUUGGCUUCUUUGGAAGUCAUUCGACGUGGUCAUUGGAAUUUCUACAGACUUGAGAACGAACACUUGAACAACGCGGGAGAGUUCAGGGCGGUGAAGGCAGUGCCGCUUCCGUUCCGUGAAAUGGACUCCGACUGAUGGAAAUCUCUCCUGCUGCCGGCCAUACCCUUAUCGCCGGAUCACCCGGAUCGCAUAGAAGGGGAUUAUUCCUUGACAAUUAACCGAGUGCAUCAAGCCACCAUUAUAAUCAAAUGGUGAAGAAAUUGAGGCCUCAAGACGGCGUUGGAUCAAGAAGCGAGAGCCGCAAGGCGGUUUUCAAAGUGCGAGAAGAAGAGGAGUGGAGGGUUAAUUUGGUAGUGCGUAGAUGAUUUCUCGACUUUGAAUUGGGGUCAAAUAAUUCCCCAAGUUUUUAUGUUUGUUUGUGAUGUAAAAAGCAUUGUGUCUUUUUAGUGACUUUCGCCGUUCAAAAGGAUCCUUAAAUUCAUCAUAUGCACAUUGGUAUCUUCAUUAAAAUCCAUAUUUACUAGCUAA